CGACAAAUAAAUUUCCAGGCCGCCCCUCCGACCCCCUCUGAACACCGCCAACCCCCAAGCCAUGAACAACUCAAUACCCUUCGAAUGAAUGAAAAGCAUGCGCGCCUCUCCCCCGCGCUGGUCGAGACCUGCGCUGGCCUCAGCGCCGGCGCAAUCUCCACUCUCGUCGUCCACCCUCUCGACAUAAUCAAGACACGCCUACAAAUCCACCGCACGCACACCUCCCACACCCCCACCACCUCCCUCACCCUCGCCCGCUCCCUCCUCUUGCACCCCCACCCCCUCACCUCCCUCUAUCGCGGCCUCACCCCCAACCUCCUCGGCAACAGCGCCUCCUGGGCCCUAUUCUUCUACUUCAAAUCCCUCGUCGAAACGCCCCUCUCUCUGCACCGCGCACGCCAUGGCAGCGCCCUCACACCAGGGGACUAUUUUCUCGCGUCCCUCGGCGCGGGACUCCUUACAACCCUCGCUACGAAUCCGAUAUGGGUGCUGAAAACUCGCAUGCUAUCGACAGACCGCGGCGCAGUUGGAGCGUAUCCGAGUAUGUGGGCUGGAGCGCGGGCGAUCGCAAGGACAGAGGGGUGGAGGGGUUUCUAUCGCGGGAUGGGCGCGAGCUGUCUCGGUGUCAGCCACGGGGCCGUGCAGUUCGGGGUCUACGAGCCGAUGAAGCGAGCAUGGUUGUCGUAUGUGGCGCGGCGAGGAAGGGAGGGAGAGGAGAAAGAGAAAAUAGGAUAUGAAGCUACGUUGGCAAUAAGCGGGGCGGCGAAGAUGGUAGCGGGGUGCGCGACGUAUCCGUAUCAGGUUGUGAGGGCGCGGUUGCAGACGUAUAAUGCGGAGGCGAGGUUCGGGAAGGGGAUUAUGGGGGUGGUGGGACGAUUAUGGAGGGAGGAGGGCGUGAGGGGGUUUUAUAGGGGGUUGGGGUUGAAUAUGGUGAGGGUGUUGCCGGCGACGUGGGUUACGUUUUUGGUGUAUGAGAAUGUGAGGUAUUAUCUGCCGAGGGUGGAUUUGUAAGAUCGAUAGAUGGGUAUGGCGUUUUUCGGGUGUGGGUAGUUCAUAGGCGGGUUAGAUUGCCUGAGAUCUGUGCUAUUUUAUGUAUUUUUAUGGUAUAACAGGAAGCUCAGGAUGGAUGGAAAGGCUUAUAUUGAAGACAAAGCAUGGUCUGAGUGCGUAAGCCUAUCAACCUAUACGAAGUUCACAUUAUCGAAC